UAUUGUGUCUUCUAUCAGACUUACAAUGUCGAUCGUCAAAUCACCGACUCUGCUGCUUCUGGAACCGCCUACUUGACAGGGGUGAAGACCAAUCAGGGCUUACUUGGGCUGAGUGGCGCCGCACAGAGAUACAACUGUAGCUCCGCCCAGGGUGCUCAUGUUGACUCCAUCUUAAGAUGGUCCAUCAGUGCAGGUUCGUGUUAA